ACAUGGAUGAGAGUUUUGUCCACCAGGCUCAUGGUUCCCCCUAUUCUUACUUCCCUUCGGACGAGGAUGGAGUUGUGCAGGAUGGGAUUGGUCGCACAACGGGGAAGGGCUUGCGCAUGAUCAUGGUGCAUGCAAUCACGAAGUGGGGGCCGUUGGCUAAGCUUUGUGAUGGGUUACCGAUCGAAGAGGGCUGGUUCAAGGAAACGGGUAGCGGCAAGAAGGAAAUGGAAGAUGAGGAGACAGCAGAGUUUCUGUGGCAGGCUAAGUUGGCAAAGGGCGAUUACCACGCAGCAAUGACCGACUCGAUGUUCAUGGAGUGGCUUGAACACCGCCUUAACCCUGCGUACAACGCGAUCCCUGAGUUCAAAGGCAAACGGAUGAUUCUUGUUCUUGACAACGCCUCAUACCACCAUGGAUUUGACGCGCAAGUCAAAUUGCCGGAAUCCAACACCAAGAAGCACAACGUCGAUCUGUUGCGAAUGUUUGGGGCCAAGUCGAUCAGGGUUAAGCGUAAGGAGGGCGAACAGGGCGUUUACAACUUCGAGGUACCGACAGAGCCUGGUUCUUCAUUCCCUGCAGGGAACAGGGAGGGCGGUGUAAGCAGAGCGGAGGUAGCAACGGCCACUCGGGAGUACAUCCACCUCAAUCACCCUGAAAGGCUCGAGGAACGGGUGGUGACGUUCAUGAGGAAAAAGGGGUGGGCGUUGAUUUGGACGCCGCCCUACAUGCCGUCCUUUCAACCGAUCGAGCUUUUUUGGCAGCAUGGUAAGCAGUACGUCAGCCUUAACUUUGAGUUGAAGCGAAAGAUGCGGGAGGUGUGGGUGCAGAUUCGUAAAGGUUGGUACGGGGACAAGGAAUGGCCAGGCCAGGAGGGGGGGUGGAAGGCAGCCGAUUGUUCGAAGCUGGUUGACCACGCCAUUGGAGAGAUGAAUAAGUGGGUCAAGGACCGUGAUGGAGUGCUUUCUGGUACGAUAGGCAGCCUCGAAAAGCCGGACGGGUACGAUACAGAUGAUGUGUCGCCCGUGGGUGAUGUCGAGGAAGGGGUAGGGGAGCAGAUCCAGCAGGAAAGCGCAGAAUGGGGUGAUGGCAGCGACGAGGUUGAACCAUGAUGAGAUUUUUUUCAGCCUUGUGAUCAAUUGCUACACCCAUGCACUGGGUGUGCCAUGUUUCAACAGCACACAUAUGUGAUUGCUGUGCGCGGGGGAUUGCGUCCCUGCUCCCAGCUACUGCAGUUCUUGAAAACAAAAAAAUCAAAAAUAUUCA